AGCCUUAAACUUAUAUAUAAACACUUUUAAUCAGUUCAAAAUUUGUAUCCACUAAUUCCUCAGCACAAAACCAAUGAGGAAAGUCUUCAUCCUCUCUCUCCUUCUCCUCCUUCCUCUCUUAGCCUCAUGUGCAGAACAAAAAAAGGUCUAUAUAGUGUAUUUUGGAGAACACAGUGGAGAGAAAGCACUGCAUGAAAUUGAGGACACCCAUCACUCGUAUUUGCUCUCUGUGAAGGAAACAGAAGAAGAUGCCAGAGCUUCUUUGCUUUACAGUUACAAGCACAGCAUCAAUGGCUUUGCAGCUGUCCUCACCCAGGACGAAGCUUCCAAUCUAUCUGACUUGGAAGAAGUUGUGUCUGUGUGGGCUAGCCACCCAAAAAAGUACUCUAUGCACACCACAAGGUCUUGGGAGUUUUCAGGCAUAAUAGAAGAGGAAGAGAGGCAUUGGAUAGACAAGAUGGGAGGAGACUUCUUAUCCAAAGCCAGAUAUGGCAAGGACAUCAUAGUUGGGCUCCUUGAUAGUGGUGUCUGGCCAGAAUCAAAGAGCUUUAGGGAUGAAGGAAUGGGGCCCAUUCCAAAACCAUGGAAGGGAAUCUGCCAAUCAGGACCUGGUUUUAAUUCAUCUCACUGUAACAGGAAGCUGAUAGGAGCUCGCUACUACCUCAAAGGUUUUGAGCAAUUCUACGGUCAUUUAAAUGCCUCGGAGGAUUACCGAUCACCUCGUGAUAUGGAUGGCCACGGAACACACACAAGCUCAACCGUUGCAGGCCGAGUUGUUCCCAACACCUCAGCCCUGGGUGGUUUUGCCCUAGGCACGGCCUCUGGCGGUGCCCCAUUGGCACGCCUUGCCAUAUACAAAGUGUGUUGGGCAAUACCAGGCCAGUCCAAGGCAGAUGGCAACACAUGCUUUGAGGAAGACAUGUUGGCAGCCAUUGAUGAUGCAAUAGGUGAUGGUGUUGAUGUACUGAGCAUAUCAAUUGGGACCAAAAAACCUGUAAAUUACACCAAUGAUGGCAUUGCUAUUGGAGCAUUGCAUGCCACCAAGAAGAACAUUGUGGUGGCAUGUAGUGCUGGGAACAAUGGCCCUGCUCCAUCUACUCUUUCAAAUCCGGCUCCAUGGAUAAUCACAGUUGGUGCUAGCAGCCUCGACCGGGCAUUCGUCGCUCCGGUUGUGCUUGGAAAUGGGAUCACAAUUGAGGGAGAAACAGUGACACCAAGCAAGCUGGAAGAGAAUAAGAAGUACCCUUUAGUAUAUGCUGCAGAUGUUAUUAACUCUGGUGUACCAAAAGAUAUGGCAGGACAAUGCCUACCAGGCUCUCUUUCACCUGAGAAGGUGAAGGGAAAUAUAGUUUUGUGCAUGAGAGGAAGUGGGAUGAGAGUUGGAAAAGGCAUGGAAGUGAAAAGGGCAGGAGGAGUUGGAUUUAUAUUAGGAAACAGUGCAGCAAAUGGGGUUGAAAUUUCCUGUGAUGCUCAUGUUAUUCCUGCCACUGCAGUGCUUUAUGAAGAUGCCGAUAGAAUUCUUCAAUACAUCAACUCUACCAAAAUUCCAACGGCUACUAUUAUACCAGCAAGGACUGUUUUCAAUAGAAAGCCAGCUCCCUUCAUGACUGCAUUCACUAGUAGAGGCCCCAAUCUCAUUGACCCUAACUUUCUCAAGCCAGAUAUCACAGCUCCAGGGCUGAAUAUAUUGGCGGCGUGGACUGAGGCUGAUCCGCCAACCAAGUUGUCCGGUAUAGAUCAUCGAGUUGUUCGGUAUAAUAUAUACUCUGGAACUUCAAUGUCUUGCCCUCAUGUAGCAGCUGCAGCAGUACUUGUCAAAGCAAUCCACCCUACUUGGAGCAGUGCUGCCAUAAGAUCUGCUAUCAUGACCACAGCUGAAAUAAGAAACAAAUUGGGUUUACCAUUGAAAGAUGAAUCAGGAAGUGUUGCUACUCCCUUUGCAUAUGGGGCCGGACACUUUCGUCCCACGAAGGCAGCAGACCCCGGCCUUGUAUACGAUGCUUCGUACAAGGACUAUCUUCAAUACAUUUGCAGUAUAGGAGUAGCCAAGAACGUCGAUCCAACAUUCAAUUGUCCAAAAUCACCACCAACAGCAAUCAACCUGAACUACCCUUCCAUUGCAAUCCCCAAACUAAAGGACACCAUGACCAUCAAGAGGACAGUCACAAAUGUUGGCGACAGCAAAAGCAUUUACUUCUUUACCGCCAAGCCGCCUUUGGGAAUCUCCAUUAAGGCAUCCCCGAGCAUGUUGUUCUUCGAUCAUUUCGGCCAGAAGAAGAGCUUCACCGUAACAGUUAAAGCAAGAAGAGAGAUGCUUAGCAAGCAAGGCAAUGAGUAUGUCUUUGGGUGGUACACUUGGACCGAUGGACUCCACACUGUGAGGAGUCCCAUUGCAGUGUCUUUAGCAUAAGAACUACUCUGUCACCAUUUUAAUUUCUUUUGGAUUUUGAUUUCAUUGCAAACCAUAGGAACACAGAAAUAGAGAUAGGAGACUCCCAGUGCAUUACAGUACUUGAAAGGGUUGCCGGAUCAAAAGGCUCCGGCAGAAUAUUUUCCUGUGGAGUUGUAAACCUAUUUCACCUUUUUUAGGAUCGAAAAAUAAGAAAUUAUUACCAUUUGCAAACUCUGAA